CUCUAUAUGAAGUAACGCCAGGCGAACCGGAUAUUAUUGCAAUGUCAAAGAUGGCGGGGGGUUAUAAUUGAUCAAAAUUCGGGGCUGAUUUUUACAUUCUUGGGUUAAAACACACCAAAUGUUAUUAAAUGUUAGUGCACAAACAGUCUUUUGGUUUGUGAACUGAAAAAGUCAGAGCGAAUAUGUUUUUAAACGAAGUUAGCCGCAGUGUUCGGGUUUUGUUGGGUCAAAUUCAGGGAAGAUGCCCUUCUUUACCUGCAAACAACAUUACAGCUCUCUUUAUUCCAGCUCGGUGUAUGAGUCAGGCUGUGACUCGUCCAGAGCCGACCCCAGAGGAAAACGAGGCCGUGAGUCCGACUUUUGUGAACAGAAACCCGCGGAACCUGGAGCAGAUGGCCCUGGCUGUGAAGGACCGAGGCUGGAAGACGACGUGGCCUCACCAGCAGUUCUACCACAGGCUGAUGUUCAAACGCAGUCAACACCACGUGACUGCUCAGGUGUUCUCCAGCAGCUCUCCUGUUCCUGUGCUUUCUUGUUCAACCAAAGAGUGGGCAUUGAAGAAGGAGCUGCCCUCCACUAACUGCGUGGUUGCCUGUCAGGCUGUGGGAGAGGUGCUGGCUCAGCGAUGCCAGCAGGCUGGUAUCACCAGGAUGGUGUACAGGGACAUUCCCUGGACGUACCGCUCUGAUUCAGUUCAAGCUUUCAGGAGUGCAAUGAAAGAGGGAGGAAUCAUUCUCAGCGAACCAAGAAGAAAGUACAUUGGGACAUGAAGCUUUUAUUUUGAAAUUUUGAUAAAUGCCCUACUUGUUGCCAGAAAUGACUAUUUAGCCCAUCAAUAAUAAAUGUAUGUGUUCUAAGAACAUAAGCAAAA